AUGCUCCCCAGCCCGGCCACCUCCACGCCCUUCUCGGUCAAGGACAUUCUCAAGCUGGAGCAGCGCUUCGGGGGGCCGCUGGAGCCUCCCUUCCCCGGCGCCUCGUGCCUGCUGGGCUGCCGCUUCUCCGACGGGGAGGACGACGACGAGGACGACGAGAAGGCACCCUUCCUGGCCUCUAUGGCGGCGGCGGCAGCGGCCAAGAGCCAAGGAGACGCCGGGCUCUCCCCCGGGAGCUACGUGCAGGCGGUGCUGCGCGGCACCUGCCAGCUCAAGGAGGAGCCCGAGCCGGCGCGGGAGCCGUCCGAGGAGCCGUCGGAGCGGCCCAAGGCGCGGGGCCGGAGGAAGCCGCGGGUGCUCUUCUCGCAGGCCCAGGUCUUCGAGCUGGAGCGCCGUUUCCAGCAGCAGCGCUACCUGUCGGCGCCCGAGCGGGAGCUUCUGGCCAGCAGCCUCAAGCUCACCUCCACGCAGGUCAAGAUCUGGUUCCAGAACCGGCGCUACAAGUGCAAGCGGCAGCGGCAGGACAAGGCGCUGGAGCUGGGCGGCUCAACGGCGGGGGCGCCGCAGCACCAGCAGCACCAGCAGCCGCCGCUCCCGCCGCGCCGGGUGGCCGUGCCCGUGCUGGUGAGGGACGGCAAGCCCUGCCUGGGCGGCUCGCAGGCCUUCGGCGCGCCAUACAACGCCGCCGCCUACCCCUACAACGGCUUCCCCAACUACGCCUACGCCGGAUCCCCUGCGGCAGCCUACGGCGCCGGAUACGGUUGCAGCUACAGCGGCGGGGGCCCGUCGGUGCAGCAGCCCGCCGGCCCUUACGUCAACGUGGGCGGCUUCGGCGGCGGCGCUCAGGCCCUCCACCAGGGCCCCGCGGGGCCCCCCUGCAGUCAGGGCAUCCGGGCCUGGUAG